AUGGGCGCAACACCGCAGCUUCUUCCGCUCUCAGGGCAGACAGCGUAUCCAAGGGAGGCGUUUAUGGUGGAUCUUUUACGUGCAAUAACCCAAUGGCGCGACGAGGGGUGUGAAGUGAUUGUGGGCGUGGAUGCUAAUGAGGAUGUCUUCUCAUACCAGGAUUCCUCUUUUUGCCAGCGACUUCGCAGCAUAGGAUUGGAGGAAGCAAUCCUACAACGUCAUCCAAGUCGAACUGCAGCAACCCAGCAUCGCAACAAACGUGGCAGACCCAUUGAUGGGAUUUUCGCAACUUCCAGAGUGGUGGUUAAAGCGGGUGGCUACUACAACUUUGAUGAAUUUUUUGCCUGUGAUCAUCGCGGUCUGUGGAUGGAUAUUGAUUUGGAACGGACUCUUGGAAGCUAUCGUCCGGAGAAAACACCAUACAAACCUCGCAAAUUAACAAUGCUUGACACUGCGGCUGUUCGACGCUAUCUCCGGCUGGUUCACCAAGGCUAUGACAUGUACUCCAUUCCAUUGUGGUUGGAGCAGCUUCAUAGACAAUUAACAUUAAACAGUGGGAUUAUGACGGAGAAGAUGGGACGCCAGUAUAACUGUUUGCAUAAGCAGAUGUACGAUAUUCGUCGGAACGCGGAAAUGAGGUGUCAAAGGGUCACAAAUGGGGCUGUCCCGUGGUCUCCCCAGAUCCAAACUUUUUGGGACCGCCAGUCCCUCUGGAAGCUACUGCUGAAGGGAAGGAAGCAAUGUCUAGUCAGCUCGCGAAAAAUCCGCCGCCUUAUGAAGAAGACUCAGUUGCCCGACGCGUGGAAGAAGACUACAGUUGAAUUGGAGACGGCAUUGCGUAAUGACAGGAAGGAGUACCUGCAUGCCAAGAAAAUCCAUACGGUUUCGUGGCGCAAGGAGUUCUUGACUGUUCAAGUGAAGAAAUCUAAGAAGAAACAAUGGACAUCGCGCAAGGCUAGGUAUCGCUUUUUGAGGUUACGGUGGAUGAAGCAACGAGAGGAGGCGAGACGCCGCCGCUGCGCCCAGUCAAAAGGAUCUACCGGCGGUUUGCAAGCGAUUCAAGUUGAAGAGACGUUACCUACCGGACAAGUGGAUCUGCGAACUCUCACCGACCGGAGACAAGUCGAGCAAGGGUGCAUGCAGGAAAAUCGCGCACGGUAUGACCAGACUCGAUCGCCCUAUACGACUCCUCCCAUGGACAAUCCCUUGUAUUCAAUGUUCACCGGGGCAGACGCAGAGAGGAACUCCCACACACUUCUGGAGGGCCGCCUUCCCAUGCCGGAUGGGAUCGAUUCUUACACUAAGUCAUUCCUGGAGCAGUGCCGUUUCCAUCAAGGGCACUCUAUGAUCCCGAUGGAAGUUUCGCCGGCCGAUCAUACUUACUUCUGGUCUCCUAAUCCAGAGAACAAAGGCUCGGAACCGCAUGGGCUUCAUAACGGGUAUUUCAAGGCUGGGAUUUAUUCCCCUAUGGUGGCUCAAUGCAACGCUCUCUUCCGCCACAUACCCUUGACAACUGGUUUUGUCCCUGACAACUGGCGGCAUCGGCUGAAAAAAAUGCGUACGAUUCAGCUCAUGAAUUCUGAAUCUCAAGCGAACUACAAGAAAUUGGGCCGCCUGGCAAUGGCCUACGGCGAAGAACAUCACAUCUUGGCCGAUGGACAGCGCGGGUCUAGAAAGCACCAUCAAGCGAUCGAUCUUGCCCUGUCUAAACGUCUUGUGUGGGACCUUCUGAUUCUCCAGCGGCGCUCUGCGGGGUGGAUUUCAAAUGACGCAAAGUCGUGUUUUGAUCGGGUUGUCCAUUGGGUUGCGGUAUUAGCUAUGAUGCGCCUGGCGAUUACUUGGAAUGCGUUGCGCAUGAUGUUUGACACUCUCGCAACGUCCACGCACCGAGUGCGGACAGGCUUUGGUGACUCUGAAGAGAGCUUUCAUCCUUCUUCCAUGGUUCCAUUUCAGGGUUGCGGCCAGGGCAACGGAGCGGGCCCGCCCAUUUGGGUCUCCGUUAGCUCCGUCAUCAUACAGAUGAUGACCGCGAUGGGCUUCGGCUUCGAAUGCCUCACUGCGAUUGAUUCCCAACUGAUUACCGCUCAGUGCUUCUGCUUUGUCGACGACACGGACGUGAUCAAAGCGGGCAAGUCUGUGGAACAAUCUGGCGAGGAUAUAUGCCACUCCGUCCAACAAGCGGCUUCCACAUGGGCUGGAGGCAUUAGUGCUACUGGAGGGGCAAUUAAUCCAGAAAAGUCCUUUUGGUGGUUGAUUGACUUUGUGUGGGAAUCCAGAGAAGGCAAAUGGAGGUUCCGCCGGACACACCAACUCCUACUGGAUCAUCCAUUACAAAUACCGGGACUAACUGGCGAAUUGGAAGUCUUACGCCGUCUGGAGCCGGAUGAGGCAGAGAAAACCUUGGGGGUCAUGCUGGCCCCAUUGGAAGAUCAACAUGCUCAUGUUGUCCAUCUCAAGAGUAUUGCCAAAAAGUGGGCUGAGCAAGUGCGAUCGGGGCAUCUACACAAAUACGAUGUCAUUCCCCUUAUCAAAACAACAGUGAUGAAAUCCCUGGAAUAUCCUAUGGUGUUAACUACACUGGAUGCUGCGACAUGGGUGUCAAUUAUGAGUCCUGUUCUCCAAGUCUGCCUGCCGAAGGCCGGCAUAUGUAGGAGCUUUCCUCGGGACAUGGUUCUUGCCCCUCUCAAGUUCCAGGGUCUGGGUAUCCCUCAUCUGUUUGGUACUCAGGUGUCUAAACAUAUUGAGGUCCUGCUUCGCCACUUGUCCAACCAAACAAAAACUGGGGCGUAUAUGGAGGCUGCGGUUCAAGAACACCAACUCAAGACCGGCACCUCCUUUGGACUCUUCCAGCAGGACUAUAGCAACACAGCAACUUUGGCGUCAGAUACUUGGCUCAAAAGAGUCUGGAAAGAGUUGGAGGACUUGGAUAUCUAUGUUGCCCUUGACUCGCCUGUCCUCCCUCUCCGGUGCAAAGGCGAUGCCUUGCUCAUUGAGGUAUUCAUGGAGUUGGAAGUGGAUCAGGACGCUUUAAAAUGGCUCAACUGGUGCCGUAUGUUCCUCCAAGUUUGCACCAUCUCCGACAUUGUGACGGCGGAUGGCCUCAGCAUACGAGAGUCCAUGUGGCAUGGGGAACGUGACUACGCUCAUUGGUCGUCAUAUCAAUGGCCUCGCACUGUCCGGCCUAACCGGAACCACUGGAAGGUGUGGCAGGAGCACCUUACCCGAGCACUACUUGUCUCUGACGGACCCCAGCGCCUACUGCGUCAUCCUCUGGGCCCAUGGUUCGAUCUUCUCGACAACUGGAACUGGUUAUGGUCUUCUACUCACGGAUUGUUCCAUUGCAAGGGCCACGGGUGGCAACACUACCGUAACCGUCGCUCCUCCACACGGAAUAUUCAAUGGGACUAUCCUCGUUCUACGCAAUUGUCCGGGUGCAAACGACCACAUAACGAGCACACCGACAACGGCGUCAGCUUCUUGCCAGUCCCCUUUUGGACCCAACCACUCCCUGCUGACUUGUGCCGAGCUACUGUCCACAUUACGCCUUUGUUAGGCACUCUUGCCCUCACCGACAUUGGGACAGCAUCGCUGCAACCGCAUCACGACUCUCAACCGUCUUUGCUAGCCGCCUGGAUGGCCGCCUCAGCCAGGGUGACCAAAUAUGUUGGCUGGACCCCUGAAGAAAUUGAGAUCGAUGGCGACGAAAGCCUAGUUGUAGCAGCCCUACUCGAAGACCGGCUGUGUGUGAUCAGCGACGGUUCUUACAAGCUCGGUCUGGGCACGGCAGCGGUUCAACUGCUUCCACGUAAGGGUGGCACGGAACGUAUUAUCGUCCGGUGCCAGACUCCAGGUCUAACUGAUGACCAGAGCGCGUACCGGAGUGAAUUAAUUGGCCUACUGGCCGGUAUCAUGGUUGUUGAUUGGCUCCUCGACCAGUGGGCCCCAACACUUCGAUCACCACCCCGCGUUAGGAUUGCGUGCGAUGGAUUUUCGGCGUUGCUCAACACCUUUGGUGACAAUCGAGUCACACCGCAACAAGCCCAGUUUGACCUGGUCUCCUCUAUCCGGGAGGCACUUGCCCGCUCUAGGGCCUCGUGGGAACCUAGCCACGUGUACGGUCACCUUGAUACGGCGACAUCCUUUUCGUGCCUCUCUUGGUGGUCCAAACGGAAUGUGGAAGUGGAUGCGUGGGCGGUUGCCUAUUGCCACCAGCUCGAAGCUUCACACCGAUUGAUUGCACCUAACGCUCGUUUCUUUACCAAAUUGGCUGCCCUCUACAUCGGGGACGUCAAACAGUCGCGAUUGAAUCCAGAACAGGUCCAGGAACUGGUGGCGCUGCCUGCUCUACGCAAGCGAUGGCACGAGCGGCAGACGAUUACACCAGAGGCAGAGCUGGAGACCGAUUGGACCAGUCUGGCUCGCGCCAUGAGCUCCCUUCCGGCAGGUGUCCAACGUUGGACCACAAAGCAUGUCGUGGGUAUGUGUGGUGUAGGGAAGUUCAAAGUCCGGUGGGGUGCCGCAGACUCAGCUGCAUGUCCCUGCUGCGGCGAGUUCGAGGACCACCUUCACGUUCCUCGCUGUACGGCGCCCUCGGUGAGUGCGGAAUGA